AUGCUGAAACAUCCUACAGGGAAUGAAGUGGAUGAUGAUAACGAUUUUGAUACGAGCAGUGGUUCUGACAUUGUCAACCAAAUCCUUUCCCAUUUCGUCUCCAUUUGCGGGUCACUAAACAAAAUGGCCUAUGUGAAUCGGAUUUUUAAGCAAACCCAGAACCCCACUAUAAUCCUAUUCAAUGCAAUGAUUAAAGGGUAUUCUUUAAAUGGACCCUUUGAAGAGUCUUUCCAUUUGUUUUCUUCAAUGGAAAAUCGAGGUAUUUGGCCGGAUGAGUACACGCUUGCGCCUUUGCUUAAGGCGUGUUCAAGUCUUGGCGUGCUUCAACUUGGGAAAUGUAUGCACAAGGAGGUUCUUGUUGUUGGGUUCGAGGGUUUUAGCGCAAUAAGAAUUGGGGUUAUAGAGUUGUAUAGUUCUUGUGGGGUAAUGGAAGAUGCUGAGAAAGUGUUUGAUGAAAUGUAUCAAAGAGAUGUGAUUGUUUGGAAUUUGAUGAUUCGUGGGUUUUGUAAGAGAGGGGAUGUUGAUAUGGGGUUGUGUUUGUUUAGACAGAUGAGAAAGCGGAGUGUUGUUUCGUGGAAUAUCAUGAUUUCUUGCCUAGCACAAAGUCGGCGGGAUAGUGAAGCAUUAGGACUUUUUCAUGAUACGCUGGAUUGGGGAUUUAAGCCGGAUGAGGCAACCGUAGUUACUGUUUACUUUCUUGAAAUUUAUUUUUUUAAAUUUUUUUAAAAUCAUUUUUCAGUAAAUAAACGGACGUUAAUGAAAACUAAUCAUCAAUCUUCUGAUCAUAAUGAAUAUAUGUUUUAAAGUUGUAAAAAAAUAUAUAAUAUUCAAACUUUUUAUAAUGUUUAUAAAACUCAAUUCGGGUUUGAUUGGAUUAUGGAUUAGAUGAGUUGCACUCGUUACUUAAACUUAAUU